AUGGGCAAGCCCAACAGGGCGCUCAACUUCCCACGCAUCUGGACACCGAUCGCCCCUCCUCAAGUCACGACGGCCAUCUCGAGUCCUUUCGCAGUCGAACCAAACGCAAUCGAAAUUCAACCAAUCGCCAACGCGCCCAUCCAAAAGUGCACAGCUGACAUUCCCGCCAAGGGUUCAACCAAAAGGCAAAAGAAGCGGGAGAUAUUUCAAGAGCAGCUUGACGCAGCCAUCGCAAAGCUCGACUACGCGAUGAAAAGAAUCGACAUAUUGACGGCCAAGGCCAACCAGCACGAUGCGCUGACUCACUACCGCCUGCUGCCGCUGGCUCUGCAAGUGGCCGCAGCGGCCCACGACCCGGUCGAGGAUUGUGUUGCAUCGCAUAUUGUUGACAUUGACGGCACCCAAGCGAAAUUGCUUGAGUUGAAGGCAUUUGAGACGAAGUUGAUGCCUCCCUUCCCGGACUACAUUUACGACUACAUCAGUAACCUGGCUAGUAGCGAGGACAAGAACGGAGACUGGAAGUCUUUACUAUCCAAACUCAGUGCCAAAUACGGGGUGUACGACGAGAUCAAGUUUUUCGAUUCAUCCCUGGAAAACCACUUCAAUGAGAUGAUUUACAACGAAUCGGAGAACGGUUCUCCUGAACCCGAGGAAGACAUCGCAGAAGCUGAUCAAGUUAAGGUUGGAAUUUGA